AUGUGGAUUCUAUCGUUUUGGUUGUUCCCUGUCAUUUCAGGUUCCAUGUUAGUUGCUAUGCUUUCUAGCUGGGCGGCGGAUGGAAAGCCCAUAUAUUCUACAAUGACGGACGGAUUGACAAUUCCGUGGAUCGGUACAGCUAAAGUGAUGAGUUUCAGAUACAUCUCACAUAUCGGCGCUGAAGGGCUCAAACCUCUAUUUAUUGCAGGCUGUGCAGUUACGGGCGUCUUCCUCGACUUAGCUCUCAUUUCAGAACGAUGGCUGCGACAUUCAGGCCAACUCGCGCGAAACAAAGGGAAAUUUGACAAAUCUUGUGCAGUCGGAUCUAUCAUAUUUUCUUUCACGGGUGCUCUCGGCCUAUUGCUCCUGGCAAUUUUUGACAUCAAGCACCACGAUCACUUGCAUUAUGGGUUUUUGAUCAUGUUCAUAGUGAGUUAUGUGAUGAACGCCAUCCUGGUCUGUCUUGCGUAUAUAUGGAUCGGCAGAUUUUAUGGACCACAGGUACGGAUACUGUUAGCCAGCUUUUACAUAAAAGCUCUAUUUGUCGUCCUAGAAAUCGGCGUGGCUAUUGGAUUUGGUAUCUGCAGGAAGUCCAAAACUGCCCAUAGGAAGAACGCAGCUGCGGUUCUGGAAUGGGGUAAGAUUCUCUCCCGAACGAUGAUGGGAUCGGAUGCUUACUUAACCAAGUCGCUGCUCUCAUCUUUGCAUUCUACAUUUUCUCCUUUGUUAUUGACCUAUUACCAUCUGUACGUACUCGGAAGCGGGUACCACAAGGGGAGAAAUACCCUCAUCCAAGGGUUAGUACAGAUCCAGAGGUACCGGUGA